CCAUAAACGCACUAGAAGUGUUUCCUGGACACAUGGACCUCCAAACCUCCAGCCCCAUCAGCAACUUCUCAGAUGUGUCUGGGACGCAGCGCGCACGCACACAGAGUUAAUGAGUAUGGACAUGGCCGCGCUUUUCUCCAGUCAUGCGGAUUUAAAUCUAUUUUAAGACUUUUUCCUGAUUUUAAUCUAUAAGAAAUACAGUUAAGCAGAUAUUCACGAUGGAGUCGGAUGAGACCAAGAUAGAGGAGAGUAAGAUAUCAGUGUGGGUCUGCCGAGAGGAAAAGCUCGUCUUCGGCUUGUCAAAGCGCACAACCUGCGCUGAUGUUGUCAAAGUGCUUCUGGAAGACCAAAACUCACAGCACACCUCACAGUCUUACUGCAUAGUGGAGAAAUGGAGAGGUUUCGAGAGGAUUUUAUCGAACAAAACCAAGAUUUUACGGCUUUGGGUCGCGUGGGGAGAGGAGCAGAGCAACGUGAAGUUCGCUUUGGUGAAGAGCGAGGCGUCUUUGGCGAACCACGGAGCCCGGAGCGCAGAGGCGCGUGUGGUGCUCAGUAAACACAGCCCCUGUGUUACCAAGGGGACCGCACGGUCUCCCGUGGGUGGCAUCUCACCUGAGAAACAGCGUCGGAUUGUCAGGAAAGCUUUCAGAAAGUUGGAGAAGAUCAAUAAUACAAAAAGAGCGCAGGCGGCGCACAUAGAUGCGUCCUCUGCGGAAAAGAUGGAAACUUUGGCUCAUCUUGUGAUUUCUCAGGAUCAUACAAUCCGCCAGCAGAUUCAGAGGAUUACAGAGCUGGACUCAGAGAUCGAGAGGUGCGAGGCGAAGGUGCAUUUUGACAGAAUUAAAAGACACGGGAUUAAUUAUGUGCAGGACACGUAUUUAGUGGAUGCUGCUACAGCUUCCAGCCGAGAGGGAGACACACUGUGUUCAGCUGAGACUGUCGCCAAGUUUGAAGAGUAUGUCCGGCGGUGUGAGGAGGUGGUUAGACUACAAGAGGAGCUGUGGGAGCAGGAAGCCCUUAUAGACAUCAUCACGGUGCAGAUGCAGGAGGAGCUGAACCACCGCUGGAUGCAGCGGAGGGAAGAGGAGCUGCAGAGCAAAGACGCAGAGCCCGGCGAGGGCGCGCCAUCCCUCCACAUCAGCGAGGCAAACACAUCAGAAAACGAGCUGCUUUUGGAAGGAGAGAGGAUCAGGACACAGCUAGACGCGAGUUUAUACAUCGGCCUGCGCCUCAACACGGAUUUAGAAGCUAUUAGGAGCGAUUUAGAGCUGACCCAGGAGAUUUGCCGGGCGAGGGAGAAGGAGAUGAGGGAUUUGCUGGAGAAAGUGAACACUUUGGACAUAGCGGAAGGGACAGCCCGUGAGGAGAGAUGUAGCCACGCGACAGAUGAUAAGACGGGGAUGAUGAGCACUUUGGAGAGGAAAAGCGAGUGGGUGGAGCAGGCCAGGGGUCUGUCAAAAGCUCACAGUGUGAACGACGACGACUCAGACACUGGCUUAAGCUCUCUGCACAGUCAGGACUCAGACAGCCACCCUGUGUGGGAGUCACUGGUUUAGGUUUUUACCAGGAAGGUCGCCUAUCAUUUUUCAACCAGAUGAAGAAUGAACUUCUACAGUCUCAGGGAUCAUAAUUACUCUGAAGUAAACGAAAAUUUAAACUGAAUUUAUCUUUGUAUGGAAUCAUAAUAAUCCCCAUAUUUUUAAAAACACCCUUCUUACACUGGUUAAAGAACGACUACAGUUAUUUUUUGUUGGGUAAUAAGUGUCAAUCUCACCAAGAAAGUUGUUGCUUUGACAUAAAAAUAAACAAACACUGUUUUUGAA